UCAGGUGGUUGAACUUUCCCGAGUGGGAAGGCGCCCGCUAUGGCGGCCUCUGAGAGACCCGAUUCGGAGAUGGAGGAGGCUGGGCAGGUCUUCCUCUUGAUGAAGGAAGACUAUCGGAUUUCACGCAAUGUGCGCCUAGCUUGGUUUCUGGGUCAUUUAAAUCAGGUUAUCUGUGCAGUGCCUGAACCAGAACUGGUUAAAUCAGACAAUGAGUUGGAUGUUCUCAGCAUAUUGCCGAAUGGCUGGCAACCUGAUGAGCCUGUACAACGCAGGCCAUACCUCCUAGUGCCUUCCACACAAGUCACUUUCCUUGCACGCCAGUACCGUUUUGUGAUUGAGCUGGACUUGAGUCCUUCUACAGGAAUUGUGGAUGACUCUACAGGCGAGAUAAUUUUUGAUGAAGUCUUCUACGCCCUUUCCCGGUGUUUGGGGGGAUUGUUGAAACCCUUCCAAAUCCCAGGCUCAGAUAUCAUCUACCAACCCAAGAUCUUUAUCACUAUCCAAGCAUAUUCUUCCAUCAUUGGCUUGCAGACACACCAGGUGCUGUUCCAGGGUUGCCUGCUGGAUGAGACCAAAACAGAGGCCUUCCUGCAGCAAGUUUAUAUACAGCUGUGCACCUUUGAAAACAAAGUGGCUGAGAUGCUCCAGCAGCAGUAUGAGCCAAAAACUCAGGUGGACUUGACAUCCCUGAACCAGGAGCGCCUGUGUGAUGCCCAGGAGCCCUUGGGAAGGAAGUUGGGUGUUUCCAUGGUCACAGCUGAUGUCGGGCUUGUCAGCAUGAUUCGCCAGGGAAUUCUGGCACUACAAUUGCUGCCUUCCAACUCCAGUGCAGGAAUUAUUGUGAUCACGGAUGGCGUCACCAGCGUCCCAGACGUAGCUGUUUGUGAGACUCUGCUCAACCAACUGCGCAGUGGGACCGUGGCCUGUUCUUUUGUUCAGGUGGGGGGAGUCUACUCCUAUGAUUGCAGUUUUGGUCAUGUCCCCAAUGUGGAACUCAUGAAGUUCAUUGCCAUGGCAACAUUUGGUACAUACCUUUCCACAUGUCCUGAGGUGGAGCAUUCUAGUUUGGACCUGAACGCCUAUCACAGAGCUUUUCUUCUGUACUCCUUUCUGCGCAGUGGGGAGUCCCUGAACCCUGAAUAUUACUGUGUGUCCCAGCACAGACUGUUCAACGAGCACCUUGUUUCUGCAAGCAGCAACCCUGCUUUGGCUAUGCGGCGGAAAAAGCAUACAGAGAAGGAGGUGCAUGCUGACCUUAUCAGUAUAGUCUCUGUACGGCUGCGAGAAGGUUAUAGCAUACGUGAGGUUAAUGUCACAAAAGGUAGCACACAGCUAGAAGUGAAGCUAGUCUUGCUAUGGAAGCACAAUAUGAGAAUUGAGUACCUGGCAGUGGCCCCAUGGCCCCUGGACCCUUUGAAACGUAGCACAUGGGUGGAAGUGACUAUGGAGGGCAGCUACGAUAUCUUGCAUGACAUCAGCUGCACAAUGCGGAAGCCUAUCACCAGCCUGUACCGCACAACUGUGAUACGCCGUUUUUGGAAUACCCUGCAAAGCAUCAACCAAACCGACCAGAUGCUGGUUCAUCUGCAGUCCUUUGACAGUGUUCCAGAGCACUUCACCAUACCUGAAAGCACCAGAAAUGGGGUGCCUCUCUUCUACAUUCCCCCAGGUUCCACUACACCGGUACUGUCACUGCAGCAUAGCAGCUCAGACUCCUGUCACUCUCAGUUUGCAGCUUACUGGAAGCCCAUCCUAUCUAUGGAUGCCAAUUUUUGGCAAAGAUGGCUGCACAUGCACCGCAUUGUGAUCCUCUUGGAACAUGACAUGCCAGUACCAAAGCAUUUGCAUACUCCAGGUAAUAAUGGCCGCUACAGCACUAUCCAGUGCCGCAUCUCGCACUCAGCUCUGACUUCUUUGCUGCGUGAUUGGAGCAGCUUUGUGCUGGUGGAAGGCUACUCCUAUGUCAAACUCAUGCGCAGCUCUGAGGAUCAGACUCCUUUUUCAUUCUAUGUGGUACGGAUCAUCUCCAAAGCCCCUUGCAUGGUUCUUCGGCUGGGAUUUCCCAUUGGGACACUUGCAAGGAUCAGGAACAAAAUAGUAGAAGAAUUAAGAGACCGUAUCCUGCAGCUGCGCUUCCCACACAGAGUGCAGAGCAAAGAGGCAACUCCAAAAGUGAAGAGGAAAGUCCUUGGCAGCAGCUCCCCAUCAAAGUCACCUCCUGUGCCUGGGACUCAGCCAACCCUUUCAGAUAGACCUUGCCUUAUUGUGUUGCACAAGCCUCUGGAUAAGCUUCUCAUCAGAUAUGAGAAACUGCCCUCUGAUUACCGUGUUCCUUGCCUCCUCCUCCCCCUGGAGAAUCCCUCCAUGUCAGGCCCUCUCACCAUGGUGGCCAACCGCACAGCUUCUUCCACUCUGGCCUCCUUGUCUCGCUACUUCUAUCACCAGCGCUGGAUCUGGUGCGUGCAGUCAGGGCUGGUACCUGCAGUGCCCAUCACAGCUGUGGCCCAGCUGCUGUCCACUCUCACAGAAGUUCGUCUUUCUGAAGGCUUCCAUUUUGCAUCCAGUGGUGAUGGGAUUAUCAGCAUGGUAUUAGAAUUACCCAUGAAGACUGAUUCCUCAAGGGAGAGUGGAAGUGAGAAGCAUACCUGCAUUGUGCAAUAUGUAUUGUUCCCUCCACAUUCCACUUCUACUAAAGACAGUUUUUCCACAGAUGAUGACAAUGAUACUGAGGUGGAGGCCAUUGAAGUUGACAUGGAGCUAAACCUUGUGACAGAGUGCUGGGUGGAGCCGCAGAGCGGUUGUGUGGACAGUGCACUGGACAGCUCACGGCACUUACAUGGCCUUUUGUAUCAGAAAAUCCCCAAAGCGCUCUACCCACGAGAUCUGACAUGCAUCCACACCAUGCUUGCCUUUGAGUAUAUCAGCCAGCUGUGCCAGAACAAGGACUGGGUAUUCCCUGCAUGUGACCAAAGGCCUGCGGCCGCCGAAGGUCGUGAUGCUGGAAGCGGCUCACGUGUGAAUGAGAUUCCUUUCCAGUUUGACCUCAUGAAGCUACUGCCCAAGUGUCAGCAGAUUGAAAUGUUCUUUCUGAUGCUUACAGGAGCAGAAGAAGAUGGGACCUCGAAGGAUUCUUCUUUCUUGCCCAACGAGAUGCUUCUUGGCCUGUUUCAUGGCUGUCUCCAGCACGACCUCAGUGACAGGGAGAUCACGCUGUCAGGCACAGAUCACGUAACUUUCAUGGAGCAAGUGCUGCAGCGAGAAAGAGAUGGCCACCCACCCCCAUUUACACUACCAUUAGUCCAAGAACCUCCAAAGGCCUCCUUUCCCCCUGAACGUUUGGAUCAAACAAACAUUUUCCACUCUGCUGGCAACAAAGACACAGCUAUUUCUGCAAAUGCACACCAGGCUCCAGACAAUACAGAGGGGUCAAGAGAUGAUGCCUCAGCAGCAUCUGAUGCCUUCUCCCCCCAGUGGAGAUGCUAUGCCAAACUGGUAAAUCCGCAGCAUCUUUUCCUCACCUUCUUACCAGCUACAUUCCCAGACAUACAGAGAUUGAUGACUUAUGGGCCAGAUAAACCUUCACAAGAUGCAGAGCUGACACCUUCCCAGCAAGCCCAGGAGCUGGAGAGACUGGGGUUGCUUCCAACCGUCAGUGUGACACCAGCCAAUGAAACUGGCCAGGACUCUGGAGAUCGAGAAGUUGCACCAAGAAGAGAGAGGUGUAUCUCCUUCAGUAACCAGCCAUCUCAGCCUGAUAUGGGGGAGACCUGCCGAGCCCGCUGCCCUGUCUUUGUCUACAGCUGCUCCUUGGAACUCCUGCGGGAGCAGAUGAUCAGUGCUAGGUCAGAUAAGCCUCUGCGGGAUAUUUUUUUCAGAAGCCAGUCUGUGGAGCGCCCUACCAGUGCUCCCUGGCUAGAUUCCAAGCACAAGGAAUUGGUGAGCUACUGCACUUUGCUGCAAGAACAUUCCCACCAAUGCUAUGUAAAAGGGCUGUUCCGGAGCCUACAACAGGGUUACAACAUUAGCUGCCCUGACCUGCUCAUAGCCAUGGAUUAUUGUGAGGAGCUUUUGCAGGAAAUAGACAUCACCAGCUUCCUACUUACAUUGUGCAAUCACGUGCGCUCCUUCUGCGAGCGCCACCAGCACCUGCCCACCAGCAUUGGGGGAGAAGUGACGCAAGCCUCCCAAAGGCAGGGAGUGCUUGUCUCCGUUUCCAGUGCUGAUGCAGAGGAUUUUAGUGAACCAGAUGCCCCUGUCUCUGCUUGUACUUCCCAAGAGCCUAGCCAGAGCUGUCUGGAGUUCCCCCUCUCCCUGCUAGACAGCAGCCAGCCCUGUCAAGCAUAUCCUGAUUUGCACAGGAUUAUCCAGGAGAAGUUCUUGGAGAUUGGGAGCUUGCAUUUUAAGCCAGUACCAUCAAACCCUCAUUACUACUUCUACUGCCCACCUUCUGCCAAAAAAGAGGAGGAGUCCUCACAGGACCAUGCAGAUAGGAAAUGCAGUGAAGAUGUAGAGAGCUCUGAAACUGAUCUGGCAGCUGAUGAAGGGAAUGCGUCAGCCUGUGGCAUCUGCACUGAGAGUGACCCAGAGCUGGAGGUGGAAUAUCGGGAGCGGCUGGACCACGAGUUUCUAGAGGCAGGCUCCCCAUCAGACUCCAACACUGUCAACCAAGAUGAGGACUCUUUCAGUGUGCUGGGAGACUCUCUGGCAGAGCAAGAGCUGAUGGAACAGGACAUGCCACCCCUCUUUGUGCACCUAACCUGCUCUGUGAAGCUGCGCAGCCAGCACAGCUCCAUGCCUGUGCGCUCGCUGCCCACCUGCCUGGGAGAGGUGCUGGGCUGCCUUGAGAGCUGUAAGGCACUGCAUGCCAUUGACCUCUCUGACCUCUGUGUGACUCUUGACAUUUUUGUCCUGACCCUUCCCCUGGAGAUUGAAAUGGUGAACGAUUUGCAUCAUAACCGGUAUACCUCGGAGAGUAGUGUCUCCUUCACCCGUUCACCAGGGCGGCCCUCCUCCUUCCGCUCAGAUGAGGAGCUUAUGCACACCUUGGAUAGGCUGCCAUCCACUGUGGAUGAUGGGCAUCCGGCACUUUCCAAUCUUCCUGGAGUGCACAGACAAGCUGUUGAAGCCACGAUGACAGAAAUCCGCUGGCUCCUGGAUGACGAGAUUGUGUCAGCAUUGAGCCACUCACGCCCAGUCACUGCUGACACUUUGAGCCGGGUGGCAACUCAUGUUUAUAGUUCUCAAGGUCGUCCAAGCUGCCAUUGUGAAGCUGUCCCAUUGCAGUUUGUGUUUGGGCCUGAGAGCUCUUUGGAAAGGUUUCGCGAGGAGUUCCAAAGAAUCACCCUCCCUGGCUACGUGCUCAAUGCUGAGGGGAAUGAUUUCUACUAUGUUUCCAUUAGUCGCCUGCAUGGCCCACUCAGCGGGCCCAGUCCUACAGUCACUCUUGAGGCUGUGACAGGAGGCAGGUGUGAAAGCAGCAGCAAAACAGAAGGCUCCCUGCUGUGUUCAACGCCCCCCGAGGAUGCCCAUGGUCUCUGGACAUGGCCAGCAAGUGAGAACAAGGCUGGGCUAGAGUCAGGAGAAUUUCUGGACUUAAGCGGCCAUGUGCAUGAUGAGGUGCUGGUUGAGGUUCCACCACUGGAUCAGGUGAGUGCUUUGGAGCAUGGUUCCCCAGAUGACGAAGCUACUUCUGCCCAGCCACAAGAUUCAUCUUGCUCUUUAGAGAAGCGGAACAGUGAGAAAUGUCUCUCGGCAGCACCAUCUGUAGCCAGCUUGGCAGACUCUGUGACCCCUGGCAGGGAAGGCUGUGGGAAGCCACGCCCCGGUCGGGUGCAGAGCUUGGUGUCAAGCCAAGGUAGCGUGGAUUCUGAUCUUCUAGGGUAUGAUGGUGGCAGCAGUGAUUCUGAAUGUGAGGAGGCAGUGAUGAGUGACCUGGAAUCCAAGUGUCCCCUCAUGCCUGACUUUUGGCUGAUCAUAAAGAUCCAUCAGGACCGGGUGGAAGUUUAUUCACACACACGCAGCAGCCUGAGUGCAGUGAAAGCGACACAGAAUGAGGAUGGGGAAUGUGUGCAUCUUCAUCACACUGUGGUGAAGAAAGUUAGUGAGAUCUGCCGCAUCGUUAACCAGCGGUUAUUGCUACAAGACCUGCAUGACAGCCACAUUUGCAAUUCUCUGUUGGUUGCUGAAAGUGAGGAAGAUAUUUGGAAAACUGAGACACCUUUCACCUACCGGCAGCGCAUGGGACCGGAUGACUAUCCAGGAGAGGAGAGCUAUCAGCCCCGUGACUAUCUUGCUGCCACGAUGCAGUUCAUCCCUGGACACUUUGCCUGCGAUGCAGUUUGGAGCACCACCAUCCAUGUCCAUUCACGGCUCAAGAUGGGUCCCAACAUGGGUGUUGCACGUGCCAUCCAAGCUUUGCGCUCUGUGCUCAAUGCCUUCUCAGUGGUUAACAGAAAGAAUAUGUUUGUCUACCAGGAGCGUUCAACCAAAUCUGUUUUCUACUUACGACUCUCUGAAACCACCUCUGGUGGGAAAGGCAGGGAAGGUGAAAUCCAGAGCCUUGCAUGUCGUUCGUUGGCACUUUCACGCAGCCAGGAGCCCAUCUACAUCGAGGACCUGAGCGGCUCUCGCUCAUCCCUGGAGACAGCCUCUUGCCGCAGUGUGGAUUCAGCUCGGCCCGUGAGCCAGGUGGACAGGCACAUCCAGCUAGUGGUUCAUGGAGUGGCACAGGCAGGACCUGAGAUCACAGAUGAGCUAGUGAAGGUUCUGCGCAGGCGCCUGGAUGAGGCUACCUUGGAUAUCAUCACAGUUAUGCUCGUAAGGAACUGCAAGCUCACCCCGGCUGAUGUGGAGUUCAUACAGCCUCCCGGCAGCCCACCCACUGAAGUGCUGCAGUUUGCUCUACCCAAAGCCUGCCUGCCCUGGCUCCCAGCUGUGGCCUGCUAUCUCCGCCAGAACUUGUUGAUCUUUCUGCACACACCGAAGUACACGGAUAGCAAUGUGGAGAACCACUUCAAGCACUAUUUCCAUCAGAGCAGUAGCAGCCCUGACCUGGAUCUCUACCUGUACAACAAGCCCGGAGGCCAGGGCACUGGUGGCAAAGGCAUUGCGUGCAUUGCCCUGUCCUUUGUGGAUGACUGUGGAAAUCCUCUCUCAUUGACUCGCUGGGUGAGGCCACCCACUGCCCUGAUGAGCACAUCAUUUCUUCAGGAAGCAGAUUUUGCGAGCUUGACUGCUGUCAGCAAGUACCAGGCUGAACCUGGCACAUCACAGCCAGCCCUCUGCCCUCUGGUACGCCUUGAUAUCUGGGAGAAGGGGAACAUCAGCCUGCUGCAGCUUUCUGAGAGGCUGCACAGUGCUCUGCGCCAUGCCCUCUGUGAUGCCCUCAUGGAAUUCCAUGUGCUGCCCAAUCCAUUGUGUCUUGAGCCAUCAUCCACCGAGCUAGAGGAUCCCGGGAAUAUUGGAACUCUCCGCCGGACCAUGUCUGAAACAAAGGGGCUGACGCGGCCUGCUGCAGGCAGAGUCUGUCCAGCCUCCCUUCAUUUCACGGGAUCUAGUGUGGCUGCUGGUGAGCCAAUCACGCCUACCAGCAAGAUGGGGCGACGCAGCUUUUGGGACAUGCUGAGCAAACCAGAGAUGGUCGAGCAAGGAAGCCCCAAGACCACAGAUGACAUUGUUCUGGAGCGGCCUGAGGAGAGUCGCACCCGCCGCCGCCACAAGACCGAAAGUGUCAAGCAGCCGCCUUCGAGCCAGGAGCGCAUGGCUUCAGCAGUGGAGCAGGGCCAAAGCCAGAGACGUCGAGCCUGCCAACUAGAGGAGGGAGAUAUUGGAAUCCUACACCCUAUUUUCAGUCAGACGUGCCAUUCCUGGAUGGCAUUCAUGAACCGCCUAGGGUGUCCCUCCGUGCAACAAUGUGCCACAGAGAGCGUUUCUCGCUUCCUCCUCUCCUCCAUCAUGCAUGAGUUCGUCAACCUAGUCACUAGUUUGGCAAGUGACACCUCUGUGAAAGUGUUUGAAAAAGUCAGCGGUCCUCAAGGGGUGUCCUUUGUGCCAUAUUCUCUGACGCCAGGCACCAGCGCUCGGCCAGCUGCCAUUCGACACUUCACCCUGCUGGGACGAAGCUUCCACCAGUGGCGCUACAGCACAGGACAAGCCCUCAAAGGAUUCCAGCGGUUCGAAGCCACUGAGCUUGGCCCUGCAGAGAAGAAUUGUGACGUGGCCCCCCGGCAAAGAUUCCUUUUCAUGGAGAUCAUUGACAAAAAGCUGGAGCUUUAUACCUAUAACUGGUCCGUGGACCUGGGCAGUGCGCUGAAUAGCUCCCUCACCCGGUUGCUGCAGUGGCAGAAUGCCCGUGCCCACGUAGUGCACUGCCUGCUCAGCCAGAAGCUCGGCCUCUUCCAUCACAACUGCUACACGGACAUGCCUUGGCACGAGGACAGCAAACAGGAACCAAACCCUUUCCUGAACUCCACACUGGAGGUGGACACCCUGAUCCGGAGCUCCAGCGUUCCUCCAAGCAAAGAGCAGGGGCGGUUCAGCAGCUCUGCACGCACCUUGCAGCCUCUGCACUUUCCUCCUGACAUGGUACCCUUUGAUGAGGCCCUUCGGGAUGUCUCGGUCCACCGACCCAUCCUUCACACCCCAGAAAUGGCUGCCCUCGACCGUGUGGCCCAGCAUGGAACUCAGUUCCUGGAAAUCAAAAGCAUUGAGAGGAAAGAGCUGGAAAAACAGAUGAAGAUUGAGAACCUUUUUGUGACCUGGCAACAGCGGUCUGCACAGUCCAACAUGCCCAUCAGUCUUGCAGAUCUGGAGACCCUCAAGCAGUCAUCACGCUUGGUCCAUUACUGUGCUACUCCGCUACUCUUUGAUCCCACCUUCCGGCAGCAAAUUCAGGCGGAUCAACAGAGCAAGCCCGAAGGAAAGAAGCGGCACCGUUCGAAUGACUCCACAGCCUCCAGUAGGGACCGCAGCCACAGCUGUGACUCUGCAGAAGGGUUGCCAUGCCGAGCCAAGGAUGAAGCCUGGUUGCUGGAGCUGUGCCACACCUUCCUGCAGCAAUACAUCCAGUACCUGCAGAGCAUGGGCUUCAUCCUGGUGCAGGUGCGCCCAGCUUCACCCACCCGCAGCAACACCAACAGGAUCAGAGCUGUGGCAGCAAUGAGCAACGAGGGCCGAGGCUCCUUCUUGUACACCAGGCCGAAGGCUGAUGGGAGCCCAAAGAGCACCAGCCCUCCAGUCACCACAUAUCAUUUGCAAAGAGCUCUGCCUGGAGGCAUCGUGUUAAUGGAGCUUGCUUUCCAGGGCUGCUAUUUCUGUGUGAAGCAAUAUGCGCUGGAGUGCUCCCGAAUCCCCAUGGGCCAGACAGUCAAUUCACAGCUUUCUAUGCUCUUCACAGAAGAGUGUGACAAGGUCCGUGAUCUCAUGCACGUGCACUCAUUCAGCUAUGAUUUCCACCUGCGCAUUGUGCACCAGUACCUGCUUGGAUCUCACAUGGCACUGCGACAAGGCUAUCACCUCACCAGUUUCCUGGAAGACUUUAUUGCCCAGCACCCUGAUAUCCCCAAGUUUGGACGCAAUCACAUCUUUCAAGGUACCCUCGCCUUGCCCACCAACACCAUCACAGCCCAUCAGCUGUACAACUAUAUAACUGACCAUGCUAGUACGUAUCAUAUGAAGCCACUGCGCAUGGCCAGGCCAGGGACUAGUGCUGAGGGCAAAAAGGGGACACCUGGGCCAGAACAAAAUGAGUAUGCUCUAGUCUCCAUAUGGAACAGCUCAGGUUCCUACAAAGAUUCAGAGGGGCUCCGUCACCAUGACGACUUUGAUGUGUCCAUGCUUGUGUGUCACAGUGCUGCACCCUUUGAGGAGCAGAGUGAGGCAGAGCGACAUAUGCUACGGCUGCACUUUUAUGUGAUCAUGACAAGCCAACGGGAGCUGUUUCCACGACUAACUGCUGAUAUGAGGCGUUUCAAAAAGCUGCCACGCCUACAGAGGGAGGCUCUGGAGCCAGUUCUGGGGCGUGCAGCAUUGGAGAUGGCAGAAGGCAACUGGCAGCGGAAGGAAGUCUCAGAACCCUGGGAGGAGAUGGAGGACAGUGGGGAGUUCUAUGCUGGAGGUCCUCAGGUCAAGGUGGGCCCCGGUCUCUUCUAUACAUCCCCACUGUUCCCACUGCUUGCCUCAGAGGUAGCUGCCACCCAAAAGCAGCUCAGCAGCAUCGUGCAGCUCGCCAAGUGUCACUGUCGCCGUGACAACCUCUGGAAGCGCCUCUUCCUCCUCGAGCCCCUUGCCUCUGACAAGCUGAAGCUGGGCAAGCUCUCCCUCAGUGAGCUGGAAGAACUGCUGGAUGCUGUGCACAGGAAAUCCAUUGCUGACAUUGAUCCCCAGUUGAGCUGCUUCCUCACCAUGACAGUCUCCUGGUACCAAAGCCUUAUCAAAGUGCUACUGAGUCGUUUCCCACAGAGCUGCCGCCAUUUCCAGAAUGCAGAUGCUGGUACCCAGUAUCUGGUUGUUCUGAACCAGAAAUUCACAGACUGUUUUGUUCUUGUAUUCCUUGAUUCCCAUUCAGGAAAAACGAGCCUGACAGUGGUUUUUCGCGAGCCCUUCCCAGUGCAGCCCCAGAACAGUGAAAGUCCCUUGCCACAGCUUGUGUCCACAUACCACCAUCUGGAAUCAGUCAUAAACACGGCUUGCUUCAAUCUCUGGACGGGGCUGCUCUAAUAUUAGCUGGCCCCUCCCAUGUGGGGCAUGCUGCAUCGCCCAGCUGUAGCGAGGCUGCUACAGAGACGCCCGUGUGGAUGGCAGGCGCACCGACACACACUGGAUGAUGUGAAGCUACCGCUGGCUGGAUAGCCACCCAGAAUGCUUGGGAGGUUCUGACUCAACCGAACAGAAUCACAGAGGGCGCCAGACUGCUCUGGAGCCAGGAGCCGCAUACGGCCAGCCUGGAUUAAAUGGUGGUAUAUGCUUCCCCAAAGAAACUACCCAUGAGGCACUGAGAUGGACAUGCUCUCUUCCCUUAGGCUCCUUGACGAGGCUGAAAGACUUACUGAAGUUGCCCACUUCAUCAGGCCUUUGUGAGUGAUGCACUGGAUGGGUCUGAAUAAUGGGGAGGGUAUUGCACAAUAAUGGAAAUGUUUUAUAUGAAGUGAAUGUACAGUAAAUUAAAUAAAAAUGAUCCUUUAAUUGUAACAGAA